AUGUCACCCUUUGAGGCGUUAUAUGGAAGACCUUGCAAGAUACCUCUCUGUUGGACAGAAGUUGGAGAAAGACGAUUGUUAGGUCCUGAUAUAGAGGAUGAAACCACAUACAAGAUUAAAGUAAUCCAGAAACAGAUGAAGGCAUCACAAGAUAGACAGAAAAGUUACGCGGAUAAACAUAGACGUGACAUAACUUUUCAAGAGAAUGACGAAGUAUUUCUCAAAGUACAAGCAACUAAAGGAAAAACACGCUUCGGAAUGACGGAAAAACUAAAACCCAGAUUCAUUGGACCUUUCAAGGUAUUGAGUAAGAUAGGAGCAAUGGCUUAUAAGGUUGCCUUACCCCCCGAAUUGGCACAAGUUCAUGAUGUGUUUCACGUGUUCAUGCUUCGGAAGUACCAUCCUGACCCUGAUCACAUUAUUGAUUAUCAACCGCUUGAGUUAAAACCAGAUGAGACUUAUGAAGAAGAACCUAUCGAAAUUGUUGAACGAAAGGUUAAACAACUGCGGAGAAGAGAAAUUCCUCUAGUAAAGGUCACGGGGACACACCACAAGGGAGGAGAUGCGACUUGGGAAUUGGAGGACGACAUGAAGGCUCGUUAUCCCCGCCUUUUUGGUAAGAAAAAUCAUACAUACCAUACUAAGUAG